AUGUAUUUUAAGUGUUGCAUUCCCAUUAGUGCAAGUAAAAGAGAAGAGACUAAGUUACAUAAGUUUCUGUCUGACGAAGACCAACGGAACAAGUGGCUGGACUUUAUAAACUGUGACACUCUUAAAAGUAUGCAUUCCAGUAACCUUAACAAGAUGCUGGUUUGUCACAAACAUUUUGAAAAAAGGUUUCAUACUGUAAAAUCUGGCAUUAAGAAGACAGCUUAUCCCACACUUUUUUCUUUUGAGGAAAUUGAGUCAGUUUUCUCAUCAAGAUCAUGCAAUAACAAAGGGAAUGUACUUGUUGAUCACACAUAUAUAUGUAAGAGACACUAUGACCACACAUACUGUAAAAUAAAACAUUCACCUUUGCUAAAGCCUCAAAACCCCUUAAUUGAUUUGACUAAUAUACCAUCAACAUCCUUUGCUCCAUCAUCACAUUUGGACAAUCUAGAAAAUGUACCUGGUGAGUUGACUUUAACAACACCUAAAAAGUGGUCAAGAAGGGGCUUGUACAAAAAUUUUCUAAACUUUCUCCUCAAUGCAAGCUACUAUACAAUGAAUUUAAAAAGUCGAGAAGGCAGUUAA